UCCCUGUCAAUGGUGACUUUUACAGAUAUAUAUAUAAAAGAAAAUACGUCUACGUUGUACCUUACUUUUGUCAAUUCUAUGACCUGUUAAACUCAGUUAAUUGCUUCAUCUGAGCAGUCUUUGCAUCUGCUUGACUGAGAGCUAUUUGAAACAUCAACUUCAGAAAGAGAAGACAGUGCAAACCUAAAACAAAUACAAAUUCCAACGAGCAAAAGGCUUAAUUUCUUUAUACUUAGAUGGCGCCCUGGAGGCGACUGGAUAAAGUUAUGCUGUUAAUAAUGAAUGCAGGUUUUGUGUUUUAUAUUAUGCACUUACUACAAGAUUUAAGAAAGGGAAGAAGUGACUCCUUAGUAGUUAAUCCUCGGUCUCUUAACCAAGAAAAUACCGUCUUUGAGAGACUGGACCAUUUGGAUUGGCGCAUUUACAACCUCUCAAAAUCAGUGGAACAGUUCUAUGAACAAAUAAAACAAAUAAAAUAUGAUCACCAACCGCAAAGUAACUCCAAGACUGAAGUACAUCAGGCUGGAAAUGCAAAGGAGGAAAAGAAGAGUGUACAUCGUUUGCUGUUCCCAGAUUCAUUUCUGUUCAAACGCUGGGGUGUAGAUUUAACAGAAGAGGAGCAAACUGUUGCACAGAAUCUGUUCUUAAAAUAUGGGUAUAAUGUUUAUCUCAGUGAUCGCCUACCUCUGGAUCGACUUAUUAAAGACACCAGAUCUCCCAGCUGUCAAAGGAAAACAUAUCCUCAAGACCUUCCAACACUCAGUGUUGUACUUAUAUUUAUGAAUGAGGCACUGUCAAUCAUCUUACGUGCAAUUACUAGUAUAAUUAAUCGAACACCACCUCAUUUAUUGAAAGAAAUCAUCCUGGUAGAUGAUUACAGUUCAUACGAUGAUCUGAAAGGACCUUUGGAAGCACAGAUCAAAAGUUACAAUGCAAAGCAUCCUGGACUGCUGAAAAUUAUAAGACAUCAGAAAAGAGAAGGCCUAACACAAGCCCGAAUUUCUGGCUGGGAGGCGUCAACUGCAGAUGUUGUUGCAAUUUUAGAUGCUCAUAUUGAAGUAAACACGGCAUGGGCUGAACCUAUCCUUUCUCGAAUAAAAGAAGAUCAUACUGUUAUAGUAUCACCAGUAUUUGACAAUAUUCGCUUCGAUGACUUUGAGCUUCUCCAGUAUUCAGUGGCCAUGGAUGGAUUUGACUGGGCACUCUGGUGCCUUUAUGAACCAUUACCACCUGAAUGGUACGCUCUCAAAGAUGAAACAGCUCCAGUUCGGAGCCCAUCUAUAAUGGGGAUUCUUGUUGCACAUAGAGAAUUUCUAGGUGAAAUUGGUGUCCUGGAUGGUGGAAUGCACAUAUAUGGAGGAGAAAAUGUCGAACUUGGCCUGAGGGCCUGGCAGUGCGGAGGGAAAAUUGAAGUAUUGCCCUGCUCAAGAAUUGCUCAUUUGGAAAGAGCUCACAAGCCUUAUUUGCCAGACUUGAGUAUGUCUAUGAGACGGAAUGCCUUGCGGGUGGCGGAAGUGUGGAUGGAUGACUACAAGUACAUGGUCUACUUAGCAUGGAAUCUUCCAGUGGAGAAUCCUGGAAUAGACUUUGGAGAUGUUUCUUCCAGAAAGGAACUAAGGAAAAAACUAAACUGUAAGGGGUUUGACUGGUACAUAAAAAAUGUUUACCCUAAUUUAGCAGUUCUGCCCAACAUUGUUGCCUAUGGAACAAUGAGAAAUACAUUGAAAGAAGACAUCUGUAUUGAUCAAGGUCCUGUCCCUGGAAAUACACCAAUUAUGUAUGUUUGCCAUGCAUACUCACCACAGCACAUCUUUUAUCACAGCACUGGAGAAAUAUACGUAGGAGGUUUACGUGCCCAACUGAAUAGAGUUGAUCGAUGCCUAACUGACCCUGGGAGUGGAGACCUGCCAGUUUUAGAGCAAUGUGACACAGCUGUGAACAGAGGCCUGAACCUGUAUUGGGAUUUUAAGCAAGGAUCAGCAGUAAUCAACAGAAACACUAGAAGAUGCCUUGAAAUCACAGGAGACAGUCAGUCUUCAUACAGACUUGUGAUGCAGACCUGCUCAGGGCAAAGGUGGAAUAUUCAACACACUCUUAAGGCCUGGGGAAAGACAAAAGAUCUGGAACAGAAGACACAGCAUUCAAAGCACUGACUAGAGUCCAUUAAACUGACUUGAUCCAUUAAAAUUACUAUGCUCAUAACACAAUGCUGGAAGCAACGAUUUGAAGAGUUUGUUUACAUAGGAAUUUACAAUGUACUAGCUACUCAUUUACAAUGUACUAACUAUUCCAGUAGUUAUGAGCUACGACUGCAAAGGUCCAUAUUCAUCUUACCACAUUCAUGGCAUCUGCCUGAGUUUCCUCAAUUACCGGUGGGAUUGCCUUGGCUCUGUCUUAUAAUCGUUGGAGGGAAGUGGUUGCUUCUAGAAGUGUUUCAGCCCACCUGAGUUCUUUAUGUUGUCCUUUGGAAGUGACUAUUUCUGCUCAUUGAUGGCGUAAGCCCUCUAACUUUCUAACUUAGGCAUUUCAGUUACAUAUUAAAAUUUGGAAGGAAUGAACUUAGGUCUAAUUCUUCCUGUCACACAUAGAAUUCACUAAAAAAAUGGACCAUUUUUCUUUUGUUAGGUUGUACAGACAAUGCAAAAAAUCUUGUCAGGGUGUGUAUGUGGUAGAGGGGGAAAAGAAACACAUCCUUGUUCUGCUUCUCUUAUGAAUCCACUGGACAUAAAUCUGCUUCUCAGUUAAGUUUCUUAGAUUAAGCAGUGCUACACUAAAGUGAUUCUGCGAUUACCUGCCUGAAGCUGGUUUGUGCUAGCCAGCUAACAGCAUGGAUAGAGUCUGGUCAAGCCUUUGGAAGCAAGGGCAUUCAGUUCAGUAGUAUCUGCAAACAAACACAAGUCCAAUGCCAUAGUGUGUAUCUGUCAAAGAAACACAGUAAAAUAUUGCAGGAGUUGCUAAAGGGAGGUAACUUGUUUCCCUCUGAGCCCUUCCAGGUAGAUACGCUGUUAAGGUAAGGUAAGGCAGCCCCAAUGAUAAGCCUACACAAACCAGGAAAGCUUUUUAACUUGGGUUUGUGCUCUAGCAAACUUUGUUUUACUACAUAUGCAAUAGGAACUCACCUUAGGAGGAGGAGUUAACAGAUAAAAAAGGUUUUUUCCUUAUUGUCUAGGAGAAUAGGAAAAAGAGGCAAUCUGGUGACAGAAACUAAGGACUGCUAAUUAUCAACCUCUUUGAGGGGAGAACAAAUCAGGGAGCAGACUAUUAUUUAAUCUAUCACCAACAGAUUAAUUUAGCUCUGACCAGCCAUGGGGGGUGCAACUGUGAUA